AUGGUUGCCCGGCCAUUGUCGCAUCUCCUUCGUUCGCGCUGCCUGCUGCGCAGGCCUCAGAACACCCAGGCCUUCUCCACCCGAAGCAACCUCCGCGCCGCUGACCAUGGCAAUCACUAUGACCCCCCGACCGGCUGGCUGUUCGGCGUCAAGCCCGGCCAGAAAUACGAGAAGGAGGGCUGGGAGGGUAUCUGGUACUACGGAUUCAUUGGCAGUCUGCUAGUUGCCGGUGUUGCAUAUGUUUUCAAGCCCGAUACCUCUAUACAAACCUGGGCUCUUGAGGAAGCUCGUCGGCGACUUGAGGCCGAGGGUAUCCUGGAGGACCCCGAGAAAGUCAAGAAAUAA